AUGGUUGUCCAAACCGCCUCCAACUCCGGCGGCAUCUCCACCGACGGCCUGCCUCCCGUCGCCCCCAUCUCCCUCAAAACCAUCCCGAUGGCCGGCGUUCUCGUCGACGUCUACGGCCUCGACGAGCUUCCCGCCAGCGUCACUCGCGUUUCGUGUUUGUGGCUACACCACCAGCGGACGCGGAACAAGGAGCACAUGAAGGAGAUUGCGGCGCGGUGUGUUGGUGCUUGGAACGAACUCAACGGUACCUCAAGUGAGAAGGGUGAAAGGGGGUUAAUCGCACUUGCCUACGACCAACGAAACCACGGGACGAGACUGGUGCAUGAUCCGGCGAACGGAGCGUGGAGGGAAGGGAAUAAGACACAUGCGCAGGAUAUGUUGGGGGGGAUUGUGGGGAUGGUUGGGGAUCAGAGGGUUUUGUUGGACGUCGUGGAGUCAUAUCUCUUUCAUGAAAGCGGAGAGGAAGGGAAGCAGAGAAAGGUGAUUGACCACCACCUUGCUCUGGGCGUCUCGCUGGGCGGACACAGCGUGUGGCAGCUUAUGUUUGCGGACCCGAGAGUGCGCGCUGGCGUGGCGGUUAUUGGGUGUCCCGAUUAUAUGAACCUCAUCACCGACCGCGCCCGUCUCUCAAAGCUAUCGACUUACUCUGCCGAUACCGGCGCCGCUACCUUCCUGGGGAGCAAGGACUUCCCUCCUUCCUUGGUCGCGGCCACUUGCAGGACGGACCCGAAGGGAAUCCUGUUUGACACUUCUCCCAUUCCCUCGUCCUCAUCCUCGGGCUCUUCCUCUCCCAGCUCAGCAGACGAAGAGGAAAGUCAAAGACGGCAGAUUCUUAUUGAACGUCUUCAGGGGAAGCAGUUCCUUCUCUGCAAUGGCGCAGAAGAUAAGCUCGUGCCCCCUCGAUGCGGUGAGGCAUUCACAAAGUGGUUCAAAGAGGCCGCGGACAAGUACAAAGAGGCGAGGAUCUCGGUGGAUGAGAGGACUUAUGCGGGAGUAGGACACACCUUCAGCGUAGGCAUGGUCAAGGACGCCGUUGAGUGGGUAAGGGAGGUUGUCAAGGGCGCUGAUGCGGAUAUAGCUGCUCAAGCAAGGAAUGGGAAGUCGAAGAUUUGA